UGCAUGGUGAAGGAACAGAGAGGAAAGCGCACCGAAAACCAAAUAUCGCAGAAAUUAUCUAUACGGAACUAAAUAUAGUAACUAGUCAAGCGAACCGAUAGUUUCGCAAACACAGACCUUGCCAACAUGGAAACGGAUUUGUACGACGAGUUUGGAAACUACAUUGGGCCCGAGCUCGACUCGGAUGAGGAUGAUGAUUUGGGGGCUGACGAUCGCGAUGCAGAUGAGGCAGAUGAGGAUGAUGAUGAUGAGCCAGCCGAUGCAGAUGAAGAUGUCCCGGGGAUGGAGGUGGUGCUGCACGAGGACAAGAAGUACUACCCCACUGCAGAGGAGGUUUAUGGGCCGGAGGUGGAGACUAUUGUUCAGGAAGAGGACACGCAGCCCCUCACAGAGCCCAUUAUUAAGCCAGUGAAGACGAGACAGUUCACCCUGAUGGAACAGGAGCUGCCGGCUACUGUCUACGACAUGGAGUUCUUGGCGGACCUGAUGGACAGUCCAGAGCUGAUCAGAAACAUUACGCUGUGCGGCCACCUGCACCAUGGGAAGACUUGUUUCGUGGACUGCCUGAUUGAGCAGACUCACCCAGAGAUCCGCAAGCGAGAUGACACAGAUCUCCGCUACACAGACAUUCUCUUCACGGAGCAGGAGAGAGGUGUGGGGAUCAAAAGCACCCCCGUCACAAUGGUCCUCCCUGACUCGAGGGGCAAGUCCUACCUCUUCAACAUCAUGGACACUCCAGGUCACGUGAACUUCUCAGAUGAGGUCACGGCCGGGAUCAGGAUCUCUGACGGAAUCGUGCUCUUCAUCGACGCAGCAGAGGGAGUAAUGCUGAACACCGAGCGCCUGAUCAAGCAUGCGGUGCAGGAGCGGCUGGCCAUCACCAUCUGCAUCAACAAGGUGGACCGCCUCAUCGUGGAGCUCAAGCUGCCGCCCACCGACGCCUAUUACAAACUGCGGCACAUUGUGGAUGAAGUGAACGGCAUGCUCAGCACAUACUCCACAGAUGAGAACCUGGUGGUGUCCCCCCUGCUGGGGAACGUGUGCUUCGCCAGCUCGCAGUACAGCAUCUGCUUCACCCUGGGCUCCUUCGCUAAGAUCUACGCUGACACCCACGGGGACAUCAACUACAUGGAGUUCGCCAAGCGACUGUGGGGAGACAUUUACUUCAACCCAAAAACCCGCAAGUUCACUAAGAAAGCCCCAAACAGCAGCGCCCAGCGCAGCUUUGUUGAGUUUGUGCUGGAGCCCCUCUACAAGAUCCUGUCUCAGGUGGUGGGGGAUGUGGACACCUCUCUCCCACGGGUGCUGGACGAGCUGGGCAUCCACCUGACCAAGGAGGAGCUGAAGCUCAACAUCAGACCCCUGCUGCGCCUCGUCUGCAACCGCUUCUUCGGCGAGUUCACAGGCUUUGUGGACAUGUGUGUGCAGCACAUCCCCUCACCACAAGGGGGCGCCAGGAAUAAGAUUGAACACAGCUACACAGGAGGGCUGGACUCGGAUUUAGGAGAGGCCAUGGCAGAGUGUGACCCUGAUGGGCCGCUGAUGUGCCACACCACAAAGAUGUACAGCACAGAGGACGGGGUGCAGUUCCACGCCUUCGGCCGUGUCCUGAGCGGGACCAUCCAGGCCGGGCAGCCCGUGAAGGUGCUGGGGGAGAACUACACCCUGGAGGAUGAAGAGGACUCGCAGGUGUGCACCGUGGGACGGCUCUGGAUCUCCGUUGCCAGAUACCAGAUUGAAGUGAACCGGGUCCCGGCAGGAAACUGGGUUCUGAUCGAGGGAUGUGACCAGCCCAUUGUGAAGACGGCCACCAUCACAGAGCCUCGUGGCAACGAGGAGGCUCAGAUCUUUAGGCCCCUCAAGUUCAACACUGCAUCAGUCAUCAAGAUCGCUGUGGAGCCGGUCAACCCCUCAGAGCUGCCUAAGAUGCUGGACGGUCUUAGGAAGGUCAACAAGAGCUACCCCUCCCUCACCACCAAGGUGGAGGAGUCUGGGGAACACGUCAUCCUGGGAACAGGCGAGCUGUACCUGGACUGCGUUAUGCACGACCUGCGUAAGAUGUACUCCGAAAUAGACAUCAAGGUGGCUGACCCCGUGGUGACCUUCUGUGAGACUGUGGUGGAAACAUCCUCCCUAAAGUGCUUCGCUGAGACGCCAAACAAAAAGAACAAGAUUACCAUGAUUGCCGAGCCGCUGGAGAAGGGCCUUGCAGAGGACAUUGAGAAUGAGGUGGUGCAGAUCACGUGGAACAGAAAGAAGCUGGGAGAGUUCUUCCAAACAAAGUAUGACUGGGAUCUGCUGGCUGCCCGUUCCAUCUGGGCCUUUGGACCGGACACCACCGGGCCCAACAUCCUGGUGGACGACACGCUGCCCUCUGAGGUGGACAAGGCCCUUCUGGGCUCAGUGAAGGACAGUAUUGUGCAGGGCUUCCAGUGGGGGACCAGGGAGGGACCGCUGUGUGACGAACCCAUCCGCAACGUCAAGUUCAAGAUUCUGGACGCGGUCAUCGCUCAGGAGCCCCUCCACCGAGGGGGCGGCCAGGUCAUCCCCACCGCCCGCAGGGUGGUGUACUCCGCCUUCCUCAUGGCCACGCCCCGUUUGAUGGAGCCCUAUUACUUUGUGGAGGUGCAGGCGCCAGCGGACUGCGUCUCAGCCGUGUACACUGUGCUGGCCCGCAGGAGAGGUCACGUGACACAGGACGCUCCCAUCCCGGGCUCACCGCUCUACACCAUCAAGGCCUUCAUCCCGGCCAUCGACUCGUUCGGCUUCGAGACGGACCUGCGCACCCACACCCAGGGCCAGGCCUUCUCCCUCUCCGUCUUCCACCACUGGCAGAUCGUACCCGGUGAUCCCCUGGACAAGAGCAUCGUGAUCCGACCCCUAGAGCCGCAGCCAGCCCCUCACCUGGCCCGAGAGUUCAUGAUCAAGACACGCCGGCGCAAGGGUCUGAGCGAGGACGUCAGCAUCAGCAAGUUCUUCGACGAUCCUAUGUUGCUGGAGCUGGCCAAGCAGGAUGUGGUGCUUAACUACCCCAUGUAACCCUGAAGGACAGCAAAGAGAGGCCAGAGGGCUACACCCUCUCCCCCCACCGUCCACUUCCUCUGUCUCCACCUGAACCGAAACGCCCCCUCCCUCUGGUAUCCGUUUUCUUUUGAGCUCAACAGGAUCCGUAUCUGAUCCAUACCCAGGGGAAGGGAAGCCAUGGGGAUUGGCAAUAGGAGCUGCUUGUAGGACCAUGAUUGAUUUGGAGAACUCCCAUGAGUGAGACAGACAACCCCACUUAAAUCCAUGCAGUCAUUGUGAAUCGAGUUUUGCAGGGCAGAUAGCUGUCUAUUUAAUGACUUAUUUUUUACAUGUAUAAAAUGUUUGUAGAAAAAUACAUUGGGAAGCAGGUUUGACUCGACAUGUUGGUUAAAUUAAAUUUAAAUUUAACAUCAUCA